AUGUACAUUUUCAUUGCAGCUUUGUGGCUGAACUCUGUUCUGUUCAGCACUGCGAUUUACCCAAAGCUUUUGAUUGACUUUUUAUCUGAGCAACAGAUCAUAUCACAUCCACUGUGUCACGUUCAGUAUUUUAUAUUUUACUCUUUAGGCGGGUCAGAGUUCUUACUGUUGUCAGCCAUGGCCUAUGACAGAUAUGUGUCUAUAUGUAAACCUCUGCAAUAUCCAACUAUCAUGAGAAAAACUACCAUCAGUAUUUUCUUGGUUUUGUCGUGGCUUGUUCCUGCUUGUCAGGUUGCAGGAUCAACUAUACUGAGUGCAAACAGAAAACUCUGUAACUUCACUUUGAAAGGAAUUUUUUGCAACAAUUCAAUUCACAAACUUCACUGUGUGACUUCAAGAGCUCUGUCUGUGUAUGGUGUGAUUGUUUUGCUUAAUAUUGGGUUUUUUCCUAUGCUCUACAUAGUUUUUACAUAUAUAAAGAUAUUUAUUAUAUCCUAUCAGAGUUGUAGAGAAGCCAAGACAAAAGCUGCACAGACCUGUUUGACCUGA